AUGGAAAACCAAGAGGAGCAAAAAGAGCCUGCUGAAAGCACCAUAAGAUCUGAGAGCCAAAUAAUCGAAGAUGCUAUUAAUUGAAAACCCGUUGAAAGUUCUGAUGACUAUAGGGUAGAAAAUGCAUACGCAUAUGGAGGAAUCGCCUUACUCAAUCAAGCAACAGUGUCUAAAAUGCGAAGCAUCGGAAAAGAAAUAGUCAAAGAGAUUGGCAGAAGAAUCCUCAGCGGUAACCUAAACUUGACCACAAUCUCUUUUCCAAUUAAAUGCAUGCAAGCCAACACAGCUCUACACAAUACAGUAAAAGGUUUACUUAUGUGUCCUUUAUACAUGAAUAAAGCUGCCUCUAUCCCUGACCACUUGGAAAGGUUUAAAUUGGUGAUUGCUUGCAGUAUUUCUUCUUAUCUUUAUACAUCGACUUUUGAAAAACCUCUCAAUCCUAUUUUAGGAGAGACUUUACAUGGGAAGCUAGAGGACGGCGGAGAGAUCUGGGCAGAACAAACUAGCCACCAUCCUCCCGUUUCUCACUUUUAUAUAGAAGGUCCAAAUAAAAGUUAUAUAUGUCAUGGCAAUUACAAUUAUACAGCUAGUGCAGGCUUGAAUUCAGUGACAGUAAAAUAUAUUUAGAUUACAAAUUAUGGGAAAAAAUAUUUCCAAUUUCCAGACGGGUAUGUUGUCAGUCAAAACUUGCCGAUUGAAACAUUCUCUGGGACGUUUUUUGGAGCUGUGAGGCAUGAAAGUUUAGGAGUUAUAGAAUUUAGUGACAAUUUGAGUUAUUUCAAAGCAAGGAUCGAGUUUGGAGCAGAUAAAACCUUGCCAAGCGACCAUAUCACUGGAGAAAUCACUGAUAUGGAUAGGAAUAAGAUAUGUGAAAUAAGCGGUACUUAUUGUGGACAUAUAGAAAUUGAUGGCAAAAGGUAUUGGGAUCCAAGGUAUGUUACACCAUAUAAAAUCAGCUAUGAUAUCAUUCUGCCAAGUGACUCAGAGGUAAGAGAAGAUAUAAGAACGCUAACUCUCCCCCCCCCCCUCCGUGAGCGAACAAAACCAUUAGAAAAAUCGCCAUUUUUUUGACCAAAAACCCACCCUCCGUGAGUGAACAAAAAUUUUUUUAUAGAAAAAAAUUUUAAUGGAAAAAAAAUUUUGAUAUAUAAGUGAUAAUUAGUAUAAUGAAAUCUAGAGCUAAUUCUGUUUAAUUUUUAACAAAUUGCGUUUUAAAAACAUAAAUUUUGCAAAUUAAAUUAAUAUUUGCUUCCCAAUUUUUGCAAAUUAGGAUUUUUUUAAAUUUUCGAAAAAAAUAUUUUUUAUAAAAUUUAUAUAUAAAUUUUUUUUAAAAAAAAAAUUAACCCCCUCCGUGAGCGAACAAAAUUUUUUUGUUCGCUCACGGAGGGGGGGGGGGGGGAGUAAGGCUCGGGCAAGUUGAGGAAGCGCAGGCUGCAAAAGAAGCUUUAGAGAAUUUGCAGCGCCAUGAUAGACAUCUGAGAAACGCAAAUCAUUAA